AUGGUACACCCGGCUCUGGAGAUCCAAUUUCUCAACACUGAAAACACAAGCCGGACAUCGCUUGACGAGACGAAAAUAAUUGAAACACUAAACCUACUCACACCGAGCGAACUAGUUCAAGACAGUCAAUAUUAUGAUUUUCGCAAACCAAGACCCAUCAAGCACUACCCACCACCACCUCCAAAGACUCUGGAAGAAUACAGCAUCAACAAGUAUGCUCGAGACCUUGCCGUGGCAAACUAUCAGUAUUCUUUCCAGGCGGAAAACUAUGUUGAUCAAACGCUGCAAGACUUGAUCAGCACAGGGGUGUUGGACCUUGAAACUUACAACUGUAUUUUAGAGUAUUACGUUCGAAAAUCAAACCACCACCGCGUAAGCAUGGUUAAGAAAAGAAUGGACGAAGAUUAUGUGGAGCCUGACAUUCUAACCUAUAACCUGCUUCUUCAAUUAUACAUGAAGCUCGAUAAGACCACAACAGAUUCGGUGAUGAGUCUUCUUGAAAAGAUAAAGAAGGAGGAGAUGGAGCUAUCUCGGUCGUCUUUGUAUUUCGUAUACUCAAAUUUGAAGCAGAUGGAUCAUAUUUUGCUUGAGAAUAUGUUGGUCAUGAAGGUGCCUCUCGAACACAUCAAUACAGUGAUUGUGAAAAACAUGAGUAGAUCAGGCGUCCCACCCAAGCUAAUACUUCAAUUUCUUGAAGAGCAGAAUAUCCACUGCGGCAUUCCGAUUCACAAUGCAAUGAUUGAAGCUUAUUUGCAGCUUGAACCUGCAUCCGUGUUUGAAUAUAUUAACCAUGUUUCUCAGAAUCAUGGCUUCAAAGGGAACACAAAAACUGCAAAACUCUUUGUUUCUCAUUAUUGCCUUAAGGGAGAGCCAUAUUUUGGUCUUUCGUAUGGCAAAUACUUAGCAGAGAAGUUUCGAUUGACCAAUAGUGAAGAAAUCUACGUUACCAUGCUCUCGCACCAUCUGAAUGUAGAUCUCUCACCCGAACAAUGGACUCUACUGGCUAGAUAUUACUAUCACAAGGCAAGGAGGCUUGUUCCCAUAAAACUGAAAAAUCAAAUUAUUGCCAAAUCCCCCACUCAUGACUCUGAUACUGAUUUUGAUAAAGAGUUCAGCAAAGACGAGUUACAGGUUUUCAGAAGAAUCGAUUCCGUUUUCAGGUGGAGGGGGGCGCCUAUCACAAAUAUCUCUGAAAAUACCCCAGAUUAUCAACGACUGGUAGAAGAAUAUUUCACAAAGACUAAUUAG